AAAGAAAGAGAGAGCGAGAGAGAAAGAGAGAGAGGGAGAGGGAGCGAGAGAGAAAGUGAGAGAGGGAGAGAGAGAGACAGAGAGAGAGGUGUGUUCCGUGUGUAUGUUUUAUCGCAUAAAGAACGCAAAGCUGGCGGACUUCGACAUGACAUCGGGCGAAACGCUCUACAUCGAGACGGACGGCACGGAGAUGCCCGCAGAGAUCGUGGAGCUGCACGAGAUCGAGGUGGAAACGUUCGAGACGACGGUGAUCUGCGGAGAUGAAGACGACGAGCAACAGCCCAUGAUCGCGCUGCAGCCGCUGGUCACCGACGACCCGUCGCAGGUCCACCACCAGGAGGUGAUUCUGGUCCAGACCCGCGAGGAGGUGGUCGGGGACGAUUCGGAUCUGCGGGCGGACGAUGACUUCGAGGACCAGAUCCUCAUCCCGGUGCCCGCGCCCGGCGCCGAGGAAGAAUACAUCGGGCAGACUCUGGUGACAGUCGCGGGGAAGAGCUCCAUGGGGCGGAUGGGGAGGAAAUCGGGCGCGGGCGGCAAGAAGUCGGGCAAGAAGAGCUACCUGAGAGCGGCGGAGGCCACCGGGAGGAAAUGGGAGCAGAAGCAGGUGCAGAUCAAAACGCUGGAGGGGGAGUUCUCCGUGACGAUGUGGGCAUCGGAUGACAAGAAGGACAUUGAUCAUGAGACGGUGGUGGAAGAACAGAUCAUCGAUGAUAACUCUCCUCCUGAUUAUUCUGAAUACAUGACCGGAAAGAAACUCCCUCCUGGAGGAAUUCCAGGAAUCGACCUGUCAGAUCCCAAACAGCUGGCAGAGUUCGCCAGUCCCUUCAGUAACAGUGACGGCUACUUCGGUCGCAGUCCUGUUCGAAUGAAGCCGAGGAAAAUCAAGGAGGAUGACGCGCCCAGAACGAUAGCGUGUCCGCACAAAGGCUGCAGUAAAAUGUUCAGGGAUAAUUCAGCCAUGAGGAAACACCUUCACACUCACGGCCCUCGAGUUCACGUGUGUGCCGAAUGUGGGAAAGCAUUUGUGGAGAGCUCCAAAUUAAAACGCCAUCAGCUCGUUCACACGGGAGAGAAACCUUUCCAGUGCACGUUUGAGGGCUGUGGGAAACGCUUCUCGCUGGACUUUAACCUCCGGACGCACGUCCGAAUUCACACCGGCGACCGGCCCUACGUUUGCCCGUUUGACAGCUGCAAUAAAAAGUUCGCUCAGUCCACCAACCUCAAAUCGCACAUCCUAACACACGCGAAAGCCAAAAACAACCCAUGAACACUCGCGUUCUCCGGUGUCCGACAGUCCUGACGCUCCUCUUCACACUGGAGAUAUGAACCGAUGCUCCACUAGUCCCUCACGGAGCUCAAUCAAUGAACCUGAAGGACUUUCCAUGAAUUGUGGCGAAACCUUAACCCGGUUGUCCUGGUCGAGGAACCGAACUGACCCUCCAGAGCCUCACGCAUUGGAUGGUGAAUGUGGCAUAACUCUUGUAAACCAGAUGAGAACGUUUGGACUUCAGUCUCUCUGGUCUACAUGUAUAUUAUAUAGCUUUUAAUUUUGUAUUUCUCCAAGUGUGCAUAUUGUACACUCGUUUUUGGGAUAUGCUUCCUAACGCUACUUGUGAUCAUGAAUUAUCCCAGAGCGUUCAAGACUUGUGAAGUGUUCUUCACGGACGGGCUGAUGAUAUCAGUCACUGUAAAAUGAUGUUUACAGUAUUUUUAUGUACAUGUAUUGAACGGUUGUUGAGAUCGUGUAGAAUAGCGCUGCGGUGUGAGUUUGUGAGUUUGACGUGUUUUCUUGCGUUAGUCUUCCGGAUUGAUUGCACCACAGGAAGGACACAUGAGACCACUCUUGAAGCACCAUCGUCUCCUCACGGUAAACUGCAGAAUUAUCCGUUGCUUUUCCUUUGUGAGAAUGUUUAUAUUUACACCUCACCUGUACUGCUGCAAGUCACAAAUAAAAGAGGUCAAAUCGGGUUUUUGUCACAUUAAUUUGCCGCCUUCGGUUGCGUGGAAUGACAGUGGCAUUAAAUGUUAAACUGUAGAGCA